AAUGAAACGUAACUACAUACAUAUAGACAUUUGUACGUAAAAAUGCAGUUUCAAGACGAUUGUGCGAUUUGUCUUACAAAUAUGAAGUAUAGCAGUGUUUCGCGUAUAUUAAACUGCAAACAUUUAUUCCAUUCAAAGUGUAUUGCACCAAUUGUAUCGCGGAAUGAGACGUGCCCGAUAUGCAGAAAUAAUAUUGUUGGAACACAGAUUUGUGAGAGGAAAAUUUAUAAAAAAAAUACCGAGCAAGACAGGGAAAGGGUGGUGAAUGCUGCUACACGAGGAGAAGAUUGGGUCAAGCUUGCUCUUAACCUUGGCGUUAACUACAAAACUGCACACCGAUGGAUUUGCAGUGGAAGCUGCACAAUGAAACAAAAAACGAAUGAAAGGCCCAAAAAAAUGUUGAAUGAUCAUUUAAUAAAAAUUGUUGAAUGGCUGGAAGAGGAUUGCGGACUAACCCUACUUCAGCUAAAACAAAAACUGUUCAGGGUUUUUGGUGUCGAAGUUAGCACAACAACUGUUGGGAACCAUCUUGAAGGUAUGUGCUAUAGUGUGAAAAAAGUUCACACACAGCCUACAACGAUGAACAGCGAGGAAAAUAGAGAGAAAAGAGCAGUAUAUGUCCGGAAGCUAAAUGCCUUUAUACAGCAAGGAAAGCAAAUUGUUUGGAUUGACGAAACUAAUUUCAAUUUGUUUUGCCGACUUUCGCGUGGAAGAUCUAAAGUAGGGCGGCGGGCAAUACAAGCAUUGCCAGCAGCGCGUGGUCCAAAUGUCCACGUUAUAGGAGCCAUUACAGCAUCAAGUAUUUUGCUAAUGGACCGAAGGAGAGGUUCCUUCACAGCCAACAGCUGCAGUGAUUGGAUUCUGCAGCUCGUACAAAAGUGGCAACAGUUGGGAAACAAUUUGCAAGAUUUGGUAAUUGUGUGCGAUAACGCUCCUUGCCACUCAAGAAUCGAGGCUGCGGUAGCCCAGCAUUCUGAUGGUAUGUCGGCCGUCUUACGUUUGGGUCCGUAUUCGCCUAUGCUCAAUCCUAUUGAGAUUAUUUGGUCUAAGUUUAAAACCGAGGUGAAGACGACUCUUCGCAUACCCAUUGUAAAUGGCGCAGGAUUGUGUGAACAGCGGCUCCAAUAUUUAGAAAAAACAGUAGACGACGCAAAGCUGAAACUAUCAGGGGGGGAUUGCGCAAGAGCUGUGCAGCACACAACAACAUUUCACGCAGAUGCACUUGCGUUGCAAAACAUUGGAGUGGGUGAAUAAUGGCUGAAGGACAAAUAAUGGAAGAAACCCAGUUCUCAUUACUUAUUUACGUAUUCCCAUUAUAAAUUUACGUUUUCUCAUUAUAAAUUUACCUUUUCUCAUUACAAAUUUACGUUAUCUCAUUAUAAAUUUACAAUUUCCCAUUAUCAAUUUACUUUUUCUCAUUACUAUUUACGUUUUCUCAUUAUUAAUUUACGUUUUCUCAUUAUA